AUGGAGCCCACAAAGAAAUACGAUAUAAUUAUAGUCGGGGCCGGCAUGGCCGGUAUCAACACGGCUUAUCGCAUCCAGACCAUGCUACCGAACUACUCAUAUGCGGUUCUUGAAGCUCGAGGCGCUGCUGGUGGUACGUGGGACCUCUUUCAGUACCCUGGAGUCCGACUAGACACUGGCAUCCACACAUUUGGAUUUCCGUGGCAGCCAUACCACACCAGCAAGAAUAUGCUCGAUGGUAGUUCCAUCUUCGAAUAUAUCAACAGCACUGCCAGGGCAUAUAAGAUCGAGGAUCACAUUUUGUUUAACCAUCGACUUAAAACCCUGAAUUGGGAUUCUCAGCAAAGCCAGUGGAAUUUAACUGCGGCGUGUCAAGAUCAGGAGCCUCGUUUCAUUGCAGAAUUCGUGAUAUUCGCGACGGGCUACUAUGAUUAUGACCGGCCGCUCCCAGCAGAGAUACCAGGCUUGAGCGACUAUAAAGGAGUGGUCGUACAUCCCCAAUUCUGGCCAGAGAAGCUCGAUUAUGCCGGGAAAAAGAUCGCCGUCAUUGGUAGCGGUUCUACCGCAAUAUCACUUGUUCCCAAGCUCGCAGAGACGGCAUCUGCUGUCACAAUGAUCCAGCGAAGUCCAAGCUACAUUGUAUCUCUUCCGAAUGGAAGUGGGGAUUCAUGGAUGAAUCGACUGCUGCCUGUUAUGGUAUUACACAAACUCAGGCGCUAUGUGUGGAUGGCAGUCAUGCUAGGAGCCUAUAACUUCUGUCGGACUUUUCCGCAAUCUGCAAGAAGUAUUGUGCUGUGGCUGACAGCCAAACAACUUCCUGACCAUGUUCCCCUGUCGCCUCAUUUCGAACCCAGAUAUAAAGUGUGGGAUGAGCGUCUAUUAGCAUGUCCCGACGGGGAUUUCUUCCAAAGUCUGCACACCAACAAAGUCAAUAUUGAGACGGCGAACAUUCAAACAGUCACCGAGAGCGCUGUUAGUCUCGACAACGGCAGGACCGUCGACGCAGAUAUCAUUGUAACCGCUACAGGUCUUAAAAUGCAAGUGGGGGGUGGAACCCAUUUCGAAUUGGACAACGCCCCCUGUAAUACUGCUGAUAAAGUCAUGUGGAAAGGCAUGAUGCAGCAAGAUAUUCCGAACUCCUUUUUUGUGCUGGGGCAUCUGACUGAUGCGUCAUGGACGCUUGGAGCAGACGCCACUGCUCUAUUCAUCUGUCGGAUGAUAAAACAUAUGGAGAAAGAGAAUAUUCGGGCGGCCACACCUCGCCUGCACGGCUCGGCAGGUCAGCCUCGUCAGCUUUGGAACUUAAGCUCUAACUACAUGCUGAGGGAACAAGGGAAUGUACCCAGGGCGGGAGAAAUACCACCAUGGCAGCCUCGGACAAACUACAUACUGGACUCUUUGGACGCUCGGUAUGGAUCCUUUGACACAUGUAUGGAGUUUUCAGGAGAGUAUCGAGAUGAUGUGGGUAGCAUGACCGAAAUCACGGAGGAGAAAUAG